AUGACCAUCAACACGACGCCCAAGCUGUCAGAGGAAGCUAGAGCCGCCCUCGACGCUGUUCUCGUCCAACACUUGAAGACCACGCCCGCCGUCGCCUUCGGCGUCACGACCAAGGAUGGCAUCAUCUACACUGGAUACCGCGGCGACCGCGUGUACAGCAAACCGGAGGAAGGCCAGGUCGACGAGACCACUACGUACCAGAUCUACUCCAUGACGAAGCUCGUUGCUUCCCUUGCUGUGCUGCAACAAGUCGAAGCAGGCGUACUGUCCUACGACGAUCCCGCCAUCGUCCAGAAGUAUGCCCCCGAACUCGUGAAGCAGAGGAUCCUUCUUUCCUACAAUGAGGAAACCAAGGAAGCCAAGUUUGCCGACCUCGAACGUCCCCCAACGCUCCGUGACCUCGUAACCCACACAAGCGGGCAGGUGUACUUCUUCUUCGACCCCAAGCUGUACGCAUACGACAGAGACCACGGGUUGCUCGCCAUGUUUGGAUCUGAGACGGGGCAGUUCGCCCAGCCCUUCCUCUUCUCUCCAGGCACCAGGUUGGCGUACGGUACCGGACUUGACUGGGCUGGUAUCAUCCUCGAGCGAGCGACGGGACAAGACCUCGAGAGCUACUUCAGGCAGCACAUUUUCGACCCGCUUGGGUUGUCUCAGAACACAACGUUCCACAACACCCCCGAAGUCGUCGCGAAGAGACAACACACCGUCUUCCGCCAGCCUGACGGGAGCCUGGUCCUCGGCAAGCCGCAACGUCCCAUCGAUGUCGAGGUUAAGGGGCAGCUCUCGGGCGGCGCCGGGCUUUGGUCAACAAUGGACGACUACCUACUCCUGCUCCGAGGCGUGCUUCGCGCCAAGCAGCCCGGGGGCAUAGUCUCUCCUUUUGGCUUUGAGCUCUUGUUCAAGGACGCACUGCCCGCCGAUACGCCAGGAGGGCCCCAAUGCCACGCCGAGCUCUCCGCGUUCCUGGAGGUGCUUGCGUCCUUUUCCUCCCUCGAGCAUCCCGCCAGUGUGGGACACAGUAUUGCCUGCGUCGUCAACUUGUCUGACACAAAGGGACGCAAGGCAGGUAGCGGAGCGUGGGGCGGCGCAGCCAACACGCAGUGGUGCAUCGAUCCGACUACAGGCAUCGGGAUCGAGCGCGCGCUCGUCAGCGGGCUCGCGACAGAGAUGGGGACAGAACCCUUUGCGGAGUGCUGGAAGGAGCUCGAGCAGGUGCUUUUCCAGCAUCUGGCGUGA